AGAUUUUUUCAGAAUAAAGUACCAAAAUAAAGUACCAGAGAACCCCAGCCCAUUCAAAAUUCUAUCUAAAUUCCUUGCAAUCAAUAAUAGUUCUAAUUUAUAAAUAUCUUUGUUUUCUAUAUACUUUCUAUUUGUAUUAUCUUUAACAAUGUAAAUAUAUAUAUUUUUAUUUUAUUUAAAUUCAAAAUUGACAUAUUUUAUUAUUGUUUCUUUACGUGUAAAGACCACGAACGUGACAUUGGCGGAAUUGUGUAAACGCAAAUAGGCCAUUAAAAAAGAAGCUAUACUUAACACCUUUGAAACUAUAAAAAAACUGUUUAUCUUUGAUUAUAACAGCAACAGAUUAGAGAAUUAUUAAAUUCGUAAUCAGAGUUCUCUGGUUUAUAUUAGUAUUAUCGAUCUAAGUCCGUUAUUUUUUUACAAAAGUGAUACCAAGGUUCUCCGUGAAAGGCUAACACGUUUUGAACAAAUGUGUUUAUUACAUUCAUACUUUUAUAAAUCACACACGUGUAUCUAUAAUUAGGGGUCGGGCCAAACAAAAUAUAUUUUUAUUGAUGAUAAAAUGAUUUCAUAUGACAAUAAGAUAAUCUUAGCGCCCAUGGUACGUAUUGGUACAUUGCCUAUGAGAUUAUUAGCUUUGCGUUAUGGAGCUGAUAUUGUAUAUACUGAAGAAUUAAUCGACUGGAAAUUUUUACGAUCAAAACGAAAAUAUAAUGCAAUACUUCAUACAGUUGAUUAUGUAGAUCAAACUGAUGGUACCAUAGUUUUUCGGACAUGCUGUGAAGAAAAAGAAAAAGUAGUCUUACAAUUAGGUACUUCAGAUGUAUCACGAGCUCUGAAAGUAGCUCAGAUAGUACAGAGUGAUGUGGCUGCAAUUGAUAUUAAUAUGGGAUGUCCAAAAGAAUUUUCUAUAAAGGGUGGAAUGGGUGUUGCGUUAUUGGCAAAACCUGACAAAGCAUACAAUAUACUAUCUACCUUAGUGAAUAAUUUAUCAAUUCCAGUAACUUGUAAGAUUAGAAUAUUGGACACAAAAGAAGAAACUUUGAAGGUAGUGAACUACCUUGUUAGCUCUGGGAUAAAAGCCAUUGCAAUUCAUGGCAGGACACGAGACGAAAGGCCACAGCAUGCCGUUCACACAGAUGUAAUUAAAUAUGUAGCUGAAAGGGUAUCAAUCCCAGUUAUAGCAAAUGGAGGCUCCAAAGAGAUAGAGAAGUAUAAUGAUAUACUUAAGUUCAAAGACAUAACAGGCUGUACCAGUGUAAUGAUUGCUCGAGCUGCAGAAUGGAAUUGUUCUAUAUUUAGAAAAGAAGGCUUAUUACCAAUGGAUAGUGUAAUUAAAGACUAUCUUAAACUUGCUGUAGAUUAUGACAAUUCUCCGUCUAACACUAAAUAUUGUAUACAGAACAUAUUGAGAGAUUUGCAAGAGACACCGAGAGGACGUCAAUUUUUAGAGUGUCAGACUCUAGAUCAAAUAUGUGCUAUUUGGGAUCUACAAGAAUAUUGUAAAGAGAAACAAUCAUGCCAUCAAAAGUUGGGUAUUCAAGGGAGAUGGCAAGUCUCUCCUGAUGAAUUAGAGCCACCUCAGAAAAAACAGAAAUCAAUUGAUACUGACUUAAGUGAUGUAAUUCAAAAGAAGGUAAGUAGUAAUUAUUAAGUGUAUGUGAUCAUAAUAAUUAACUGGUACCACAAAUAAUCAAAUAAUUUUUGUUUUAGGUAUGUUUCAUUAGAGCAAAUUUCAAUGAUUUAAAUUUACCAAAAUCCCGACUGCAUGUUUGGGCAGGUAAAAAUGGAUAUAAACUUCCAAUUUAUGAAACGCAGCAAAUUGAAAAGCUGUUCCGAACUAUUAUUACUUUCAAUGGGAAAAAGUAUACAUCAUCAUUUUGGGAAAAAAAUAAGAAAUUUGCAGAGCAAGGUGCAGCAUUAGUUUGUUUAUUUCAUAUAGGCUUGAUCACAGAAGCAGACUUACUAAAAUUUGGAAGCAUAAUAAAAUAAAUGUUCACAUUUUGUUAUUGUUAUGGUUUUAUUUUCUUAAGGACAUCAGAUACAUUUCUUUCAAAUAUUUUCUAUUUAUUAUGUGACUUCAUGCUUCCUAUAUUUUCAAUAAGUUUAUUAUUAAGAUCUUCUAAAAUUGAGUUCAGCCCGUCUAGGUUUCUUAUGUUAUUUUUCAAUUGUGUAAAGUUGCUAUGACAAAGAGAAGCACUUUGAAGAAUAAUUUCAUUUUCAGAGGCUGUUACUUUUUCUGGUUUUUUUAUAUGUGCAAGAUCUAUAUCUGCCAAGUCUUCUAAUAUUUGUGAUGAACUUGGUAACUUUGGUUCAGUGUAUUUAGAAAAAUCCAUUAUUAUUCAGAAUUAUGCCUUUAAACAAGAGCAAUCACUAUCGAUUAUGUACACAGACUACGAAGGAGAUUCUAGUUUAUAUACAAGUAUCACAAAGAAUUGGGAAAGUGUAUAAAAAUUAUAAAAAAAAAUAAUUAAAUUCAAUCUAAUCACUUCUUCUAUCUUAAUGGCAUAGAUAAUACAUAAUACUGGUAUAGAUGCGCCACUU